AGCUCUUAUUUUUUCGUUCCUCGCCAGAUCACGUUUCAACAGCCUUUAUUUCACUUUUUACCAAAAAAGAAACAGCAAGUGAGGUGCGUGAAUAGUAGUACGCACGUGGAGUGUAAUUGCGCAGCGGACUUGGUAAAAAGUGUGCACCGGAAGUAUUGAGUGUGCAGAACCGGGAGUAUUAAGUGUGCAUCGGCUACAUUGGCCCUGCAUCAGCAUUUUUAAGAGAGUAAAAACGAAACUAAAUUGUGCACAGGCGUUGGGUUGCGGUUCGCAGUAGUAUAAGGGUGUACCAGCCGACUUAAUUCGCAUUCGGAGUAGUAAAACGCGCACUAGGAGUAUUAAAGCGGUACACGGUCGGAGCGCAUCAAGCAAAGGGCACACUGAGGCCAUCAGCAAGAUCCUGUGGAGUGGCGUGUAGACCACGGAGGCGUACAAAGUAUCAAGCAAACAAGCGAGAGGAGAUUUGGUAAGUGAUUAUGAGAGAUUGAUUUGGGUAGGGGGUUCGUUAGUCGGUUAGUAGGUCCAUAAGUAGGCAAAACCACGUAACCUCCGAAAAAUUAAAAAGGCGGGAAAAGCACCGCGUAGCCAUCUUUCUUUGUUGAAACACGCGCCAAGCAACCAUUUUAAAUAUGCCAGUAACACGUUCGGGAACAACUACGGAUAAUAGUGCGAGAGAAGGAGACGGCGAUAACUACAACGAACUUGAAGCGACCGUAGUCGAGCGGAUUCCAACGAAUCAAAUCGUGCAACCGUCGGUAGAAACAAGACUAGCGGAAAUUUUGCAGCAGGUUCAAAACCUACAAGAGGAGCUGAGACAGACUAGGCAGGCGCAAGCAAACACGGUCGGCGCAGGGGAUAGCUAUGGAAUUAUUACAGCUGCCUCCAGUGAAACGGGCCGUUCUCAAACCACAUCGCAAGUGGGUGCAACACGGAAACUCUACGAUUUGCCGGAAUUCGACGGCCGUCCAGAGGACUGGCCAAUGUUUAAGGAAACAUUCAUAAUGACUACAACGGAGUACCAGUACAGUGACACGCAGAACAUGAUGCGCUUACAGAAAGCAAUCAAAGGCAAAGCAAGGGAGACGAUCGAGUGUUUACUAAUACACAGCAGAAACGUGAAGCAAAUCAUCAAAACUUUAGAAGAACGCUAUGGGAAGCCGGAGCUGCUGGUGAAGAGUCAAUUAAAGAAGAUACGAAGUGUGGCACCAAUCUCCGAAAAUCAUAUCGACCAGUUAGUGACGUUCGCGACGAAGGUUCAAAAUUUAUCCUCCUUUCUUCAGGCUGCUGAUUGUGAGUAUCAUUUGUCAAACCCUACGUUGAUGGAAGAGUUGCUGAUUAAACUUCCUAUGCAAAGGCGUAUUGAGUGGGCAAGACAUGCCUCUACAAUUGUACCGCGACCAACGAUCUGCCACUUUAGCGACUGGCUACAGGAAUUAUCCAAAAUCGUGAAUUCAGCCUGUGUGUACUCGAGCUCGGAACCGCGUCAACCCAGAACUGAAGGGCGCACAAGAUUUUUCCACACAAACGAGGUCAACAGUGAAAGUUCGUGGCGAGAUAAAUGCGAAGCGUGUGCAGAGAGGCACACACUCAGUAAGUGUAAAAGAUUUUUAGACAUGGAUCAAGGAGAGAGGUGGCGUUUAGUGCGUCGAAGAAGACUCUGCUUUAAUUGUUUGAAAGGCAAUCACCGUAGCAGCGUUUGUCAUGAACAGCACGAGUGUGGUAAUGAGCAUUGCACAAAACGGUGGCAUAUCCUCCUUCACGAGCGUAGCGGAAGAGAACGUGUACGCGGGGUAUCGCACAGGCAACAAUCUUCACGGCAAGCAUCGAAUCACGUAGCACAGCAGCAGCAACAAGCCGUGCAGCUACAACCCGUUUCACCGGAGGGAAUACAACAAGUUUUUACGAACACUAUCCCGUCUAACAAAGCAUCGAAAUUGUUGUUUAAAAUUGUACCAGUUAUAUUGUAUGCCAAUUCGAGGGAAAUCAAAACUUAUGCGUUUUUCGACGAAGGGUCUGCUAUAUCACUAAUCAACCGUGCCUUAGCAACUCGCCUUGGGCUUAAGGGGUACAGCGAUAGUAUAACGUUGCAAUGGUUUGGCAGCACAACUGUCACUGAACCUUCUUGUAGGGUAGAUGUAGAGAUUUCCGGCAUUGAGCGAGGUAGCAAGAAGUUUAAUAUGCGAAACGUGCGUACGGUUUCAAAUCUCCAAUUGCCAAUGCAGUCGAUAAGCCUGUCGGACCUUCAUUAUAAGGAUCAACAUCUGCCACUACGCGAGUAUUCUGGCGCUGUGCCCGAACUCCUAAUAGGAUUGGACAAUGCGUAUCUUGGAGUACCACGACGAACGGCUCACGACGGUAGCAGAGGUUAUGCGGUGGUGCUGACAAAACUCGGAUGGGUAAUCUACGGAGCAGGGCGACGUCCAUUGAACCAGGCGCGUUAUCAUACAAUGUUUGCGCGAGUGAGUGAAGCGGGCGAAACUUCUCAGCUGGAGGACCUCAUCCAUGAUUACAUAAUCAACGAAAGCAUGGGCGUAGGUGUUGUGAAACAGGUGAUUGAAGCCGAAGAUAUUGUGAGGGCAAAGAAACUGUUGCAGGAGAAUACAAAGCGCAACGGAAACCAAUUUGAAACGUGUUUAUUGUGGAAGGAUGAUAACAUAGAGUUGCCGGCAAGUAGGGAGAUGGCAGAAAAGAGAUUUUACGCACUAGAGAGAAAAUUUAAACGCGACGACGAUUUGAAAAAAGCAUAUGCGACGAUUAUAGCAGGGUAUGUGGCGAAAGGGUACGCCAGUAAACUAAGUGAAGAGGAGGCAGCAGUUAAAGGCAAGCGUACCUGGUAUUUGCCUCAUUUCGCCGUGUAUAACCCGAAUAAGCCCGCGAAAAUCAGGUUAGUGUUUGACGCAGCAGCGGAGUCAGAAGGGGUGUCGUUGAACUCGGCACUGUUAAGUGGGCCAGAUUUAUUGCAGCCGCUGGGAACGGUGCUAAUGAAAUUUAGGCAAAAACAAAUCGGGGUUUGCGCCGACAUAGUGGAGAUGUUCCACCAGGUGAAGAUUCGAGAUGAAGACUUGUCGUCACAACGAUUUUUAUGGAGAUACGAUCCUGAGGCCCGCUUGGAUGAAUACGUAAUGAAUGUGAUGACCUUCGGAGCCACAUGCUCGCCGUGUUCAGCGCAGUUCGUAAAGAACAAAAACGCUGACGAUUUUGAGGAGUUCCCUGAAGCAGUGGCAGCCAUCAAAAAUAACCACUAUGUCGACGACUUUGUACAUUGUUUCUCUAGCGAAGAAGAUGCCCUGAGAAUAACGAGCCAGGUAAUUCGGAUCCAUAAAAAAGGUGGUUUUGAACUGAAAAGGUUCGUGUCUAACUCUGAGGUCAUUAGCAAUUUAAAUAAAGAACCCUUUUCCAUGCCUAUGUUGAACCUUGAUAGGGAAAACGCCCAGCUGUUUCAGAAGGUGCUCGGGAUGUCCUGGAAUACCGAGGAAGAUGCCUUAAAGUUUGUGCUGUCCUUUGGGAAGGUGAAUCGGGAUGUUUUUAACAAGGAAAGGAAACCAACAAAACGCGAGGUGCUCAGCGUAGCAAUGUCUGUCUUUGAUCCAUUUGGAAUAGCAGCGGAAUACUCCUUAGAAGCGAAACUAAUCCUGCAAGCGAUGUGGCGAGAGCGUAAAGGCUGGGACGAGAGAGUUUCAGAUGCGGUAUAUGAGAACUGGAGAAGGUGGCUUGAAGCGCUGCGGGAAUUGGAGAAGAUAACUGUACCUCGCUGCUACGGAGCGACAUUUAUGCUAAUGCCAGUAGAACUGCACGUGUUUUCGGACGCAAGCGAGUCAGCAUAUGCAGCUGUAGCCUACUGGAGGCUUCAGGAUGAAUGCAGCAACACUCGAACGUGCUUCAUCGCUGGGAAGACCAAAUGUGCUCCUAUCAAACUCGUAUCCGUUCCUCGCCUUGAGCUGCAGUCGGCAGUGCUCGCUGCGCGCCUUAGACAAAAUGUUGUCAACAGCCAUGAUAAGGUCCCGGUCAAGGUAGUGAUGUGGUCGGACUCGAAAACCGUUCUAGCCUGGAUAAAAUCAGAUCACCGACGUUAUAAGCCUUAUGUAGCGCAUCGAGUCAACGAAAUCCUGGAAAAUAGCGAGUUAGACGAAUGGAGAUGGCUGCCGAGUGCCCUCAAUCCUGCGGACUUUGGGACACGCCCUAGAGAUCGUAAGCGCGAAUCUUUUUGGUUAACAGGACCGAAAUUCCUCAAAGAAGAAGAAAAAAACUGGCCACCGAACGUAGUAUGCGACGCUACCAAUGUGGAACUUCGAAAUAAAUUUACGUUUCUUUUAAUACAAAUUGAUACAAAUUUUUUAAAGAAAUUUUCAUGUUUUUUGAAACUUAAGAGAGUAGUCAGCUGGACACUGAGAUUUGUGAAAAACUGCCGUACCACGGAAGGAAUGCGAGCUUAUGGGAACUUAAAGGUAAACGAGCUUGAACGAGCUGAAAUGUGUAUCGUCCGAGCGGUGCAAAUGGAAGCCUUCCUGGAUGAAUAUCAUUCCCUGCAGGCAGGCGAUAAGAUAGAGAAGGGCAGCGCGCUUUGGAACCUGAGUCCCAUCAUGGACGAUAACGGCAUAAUGAGAAUUGGCGGUCGAAUAGACGCAGCAACCAUGGUUCCGACCUGGACGAGACGCCCCGCGAUCUUACCUAACAAAUGUCAUGUAACAGAAAUUAUAGUUGACUAUUUUCAUCGAAUUUGGAGACAUCAGAAUGAGUCGACGAUAAUCGCCGAAAUUCGUCGUAAGUAUUGGAUGCCGCGCAUAAGAACGGAAGUACGUCGCGCCGCUGCGAGAUGUCAAGUAUGCCUCAAGGAGAAAGCCGUUCCUCGACCGCCACAGAUGGGACAACUACCAGCAGACCGGCUUACACCAUUUGUUAGGCCUUUUACCUACACAGGAUUAGAUUACAUGGGCCCGUUUACGAUAACCAUCGGUCGGCGUAGCGAAAAGCGCUGGAUCGCUUUAUUCACUUGCCUUACUACACGGGCGAUACACUUGGAAUUGGCGAAGGACUUGACUACUGAUACUUGCCUGAUGUGUUUGAGAAAUUUUAUGUGUCGACGUGGUAUUCCUGUGCGUAUUCGGUCGGAUAAUGGUACGAACUUUGUCGGCGCUGACAGAGAAUUGAAGCGACAAUUGAAGGAGUUUAAUGACGGUAAGAUAGCCGAUGCACUUGUAAACAAGAAUGUAGAGUGGGUAUUCAACUGUCCCUCAAAUCCCCACGCUGGUGGCUGCUGGGAGCGUCUAGUGCGGAGCGUUAAGCGAGCUAUGGGGCACGCACUAUAUAAUGAAAACCUACAUGAGCACAGCCUUUACCAUCUCAUGUGCGAGGCGGAAAACAUCGUAAAUUCGAGGCCUCUGACUCACAUCCCGUUGGACACCGCCACUGACGAACCUCUAACCCCAAACCAUUUUCUUAUAGGUACACCAAACUCCGAGCAAACACCGCACCCGCAGGAAGAGAAGUUCCAGGCCACACGUAAGCAAUGGCGAAAAGUUCAACAAACGCAGUAUCGAUUUUGGAAGAAGUGGGUUAACGAAUACCUGCCUGACCUCGUCCGAAGAACCAAAUGGUACCAACCGGUAGAGCCCCUAGCAGUAGGAGACCUCGUACUCGUAUGCGACAGUAGCCAGCAUCGAUCCAGAUGGCUCAUGGGACGCCUGGUGAAGGUAUUCCCGGGAAAAGAUGGUCAAGUGAGAUCUGCAGAAGUCCAGACGAAGACGGGCACAUUUAAGCGGCCGGCCUGCAUCUUAGCUAAGCUGGAGUUGGGUAAAUCUGGUUAGAUUUACGGGGGAGGGGCUGUUAGCGCAGUUACUUCCUUGUUCAUUUGAAUGUAUCAGUCUAUUUGUACCUUAAUGUUGUUAGAGUAGUCACUUGCUUGUUCAAGCGAGCCAAUCCUCUGAAUGUACCAUAAUGUAAUGUAACGAUUGUUAUCGAUUUCUAAUUUUGUAAAAACGACCACAUCACUAAUGAAAAACUCAUUCGUGAUCUGGAGUUUUAAGCGGAGGAAGCACACAAAAGUGAAAUAAAGCAUCACGCCUUGUAAAGCGUUUUUCUCAGCAAGGCUAGCUCUUAUUUUUUCGUUCCUCGCCAGAUCACGUUUCAACAUA